GGGAUGUUAAGUUCCUUGCACCCAUCCAACCUAAUCUCUUUCUUUCUAUGUCUCUUUUUCUCUCUCAACAAAUACUCCACCGUAUCUUUCUCUAUCUCUCUAAAAGUGAAAAGUCAAUUUUUUUUGUUGGUUUAGAUAUGCCUCUAUUAUUGCUCAUGUCAAUCGUUCCAUCCUCAGGCCAUCCCUCCCCUGUUCUUCGUUAGCCGUCUCCUCCCAUGUGAAGCCGCCGGCCAGAUAUCACCGCAACCCACAGCAACAUCGGAGACCUUCGACCUGACAGCUAAGUCUGUUUAGGUGAGUAAUGUCAAGAAUUGUUAUGUUUAGGAAGAGUGUUGCUUAGAAAAACAAGACCUUAAUUAUUAGAGAUGCAACGACAUCAAUUGAUACAGACAAAUGCCACUUUACAAUGGAUUAUAAGGAUGGUUAAUUUGCUUAUUUUUAUUAAUCUGGUUAUGUUGGUGGAUGUUAGAUAGAAGCAAGUGAUUCCACUGUGUGAUUUAAACAGCAAAACAAUAAAAUUUCCAUUUGAUGCAUUCGGUAAUGAAGUUUUUUCGGGAAAAAUUGGUAUCUACCCGUUUACAAGAUUAGAACCCGCUAAACGUUCAAGCAAAAACCGUGUUGCAGGAAUGUUAGAGACAAAGCCUAUUUUAUCCGUGACUAAAGAAGUAACAAGGUCAUGGUUUAUAGAAAAAGUUUUGCCGGAUAUUAGAGCUAAAUGGCCUCGAAGUCAUGUCGGUCCCAUAUUUAUCCAACAAGAUAAUGCCAAGCCCCAUAUUGAUGUCAAUGAUAACGACUUUCUUGAAGUGGCAUCUUCAGAUGGGUUUGAUAUCCGACUUAAUUUUCAGCCCUCCAAUAGUCCGGAUUUAAAUGUUUUAGACCUUGGAUUCUUUCGAGCAAUCCAAUCACUUCAAGAACAAGAGGCUUUAGGUACGAUUGAUGAAUUGGUUCAUGCGGUUCAAACGUCUUUUGAAAAAAUGCAAUCUCAACAACUUAACAAUGUAUUUUUAACUCUACAAACGUGUAUGAUGGAAAUCAUAAGGGUUCAAGGUGGCAACAACUAUCAAAUACCACAUAUUGGUAAGAAUAGGUUGGAACAAGAAGGAAACUUACCACUUCAAAUUGGAUGUGAUGAAAAUUUGAUAAAUGAGUCUUUAUUGCAAUUGGCUGCCUAGUUAUUUUUGAAACAAGUAUUGUGAUCAAAAUAGUGAGAAAAAAAUAUUUUUGUAUUGAUAUUUUUGAUAGUGUAAUAUAUUUUGUGUUAAUUCUUUUUUA